AGUUCCAUACGGGACGAGAGAAAGAGAGAGAGAGAGAGAGAGGGAGAGACGGACCAAGCGAGCGCCGUUACGAUAAAAGAGAAGUUUUUCAGAGAGCGUAUUCGGGGAGCCGUUCAAUGGUCGCGGCAGCUAUGCGUCACGCCGCCGCCGUCGUCGUCGUCGUAGGGCAUCCAACUAGCUAGUUUCCGACCGGCCAGCACGACGGGAGUCGUGUCUCGGUACCCGCCAGUUGAUAAACGAGCACGAGUACGCCACGACGCGCGCGCGCGUCGUCGUCGUCGCCGUCGUCGUCGCCGUCGUCGCCGUCGCCGUCGUCGUUGCUCCCCCGAAGAUGACCAUAAUAGUCUUUCUGAUCGACACGUCGGCCUCCAUGAAUCAGAGGGCAUACCUGGGCGGACGGCCCACGCUCUUGGACGUAGCCAAGAGCGCCGUGGAGACUUUCGUCAAGGUUCGACAGAGAUCGCCGGAGAGCCGGGGGGAUCGUUACAUGCUUCUGACGUCCGAAGAGCCGCCUCAGAAUAUCAAGGCAGGAUGGAAGGAAAACUUGGCAACCUUUAUGAAUGAACUCAAGAAUUUACAAUGCAUCGGCUUAACAACAUUAGGUGCUGCUUUGAAGCAUGCUUUGGAUGUGUUGAAUAUAAAUCGCAUGCAAACUGGCAUAGAUACAUAUGGUCAAGGAAGAUGUCCAUUUUAUUUAGAACCAUCUGUUAUAGUUAUUAUAACAGACGGAGGAAAAUAUACAUCCAAUGGUGUGCCUCCAGUGCAUCAAGAUUUCACGUUGCCUAUGCAUUCCCCGAUACCCGGGUCUGAAUUAACAAAGGAACCAUUUAGAUGGGACCAAAGAUUGUUUUCUUUGGUAUUGCGUUUAUCGGGAACACCAGCCGUUGAACGAGAUAUAGGCUUGGUGGCGAGUGACGCGUCACCGAUUGAUGCAAUGUGCGAAGUAACCGGAGGUCGUUCGUAUUGCAUCACGUCAUUCCGAAUGAUGAUACAGUGCAUAGAUUCGCUAGUACAAAAGGUUCAAUCGGGCGUAGUGAUAAAUUUCGAGAAAAUCGGUCCCGAUCCUCCGCCGUUGACUAACGAUGCAUCACAUCAGGAUGAAGAGGAGAAUGAGGACGAUGGUAACGCGGGACCACGCGCUCAAUAUCCAAACGCACUAGCGCCAGGCAAUACGGCUUGGUAUUCCUGUAGACGUUUAAUUUAUGUACCGCGAUCGGCGCAGAAAGGUUUCGCAGUCGGAUUCUGGCCGAUUCCUGAGAGUUUCUGGCCGGAUCUCAACGCCAGCUCGUUACCGCCGAGAUCGGCGCAUCCAAAUGUGAAAUUUACAUGUAGUAGCCAGGAACCAAUGGUAAUCGAAAAUCUACCAUUCGACAAAUAUGAACUGGAACCGAGUCCCUUGACUCAAUACAUCCUGGCGCGGAAACAGCCGACGACUUGCUGGCAAGUGUUUGUCGCCAAUUCGUUUAAAUCGAGCGAAGUGGGCCAUCCGUUCGGAUAUUUGAAAGCGAGUACAAACUUAACUUGCGUAAAUCUCUUCGUUAUGCCUUAUAACUAUCCUGUUUUGUUACCUCUGUUGGAGGAGCUAUUUAAGGUGCAUAGGCAAAAACCGACUCCCGAAUGGAGAGCACAGUUUCAAGGUUACAUAAGGACCAUGCCUACUUAUUAUGCUGUUUCGUUGAGAAGAGCUUUAACUAGAAUGGGUGCGUCUGCACCUCUAGCACAAACAUUGUUACCGGAUACUAUGGAUACUUCUUUGUCAUAUAGUGUUUUAACUUAUUUAAAGCGACUGAAAAACUUGGCAAAGCUAGAAUUCGAUCGACUUUGUAGCGAAGUCAUUUCUAAGCAGGUCGCUGUUUCGAAUCUUACGAAAAAUUUAUCCAACUGUACCACGAGUACGGUGACAGAAGGAGUAAGAGUAAUACCAAGAACACCGCUGAAGAAAGAUUUGGUAUCCCAUCCUUUAUUACAAGAUAAGUUCACGGGUCUUCGCGAUCAACUAAAUGAGUUUGGAGGUUUUGUAGUUGGAUUAGUAAAGAAUCAACAGCAGCAACGUGGCGCACACAGUUACAGGAAUGCCUUUGAUGUCCCGAGAAAGUCCUUGCUCGAUCAAGUCAUGAGAAUGCGCGCGAAUUUUUUACAGCCUGGUUUACUGCAUACAAAAUUACUUGAUGAUGAUUACGUUCACUCGAUGCCUUUAGCUCAAAUGGGAAAUUAUCAAGAAUAUUUAAAACGCAUGACUCCACCAUUGAGGGAAAUUGAGAGUGUACCAGUGAGACAGCAUAUGUUUGGCAACCCAUUCAAGAUAGACAAGAGAAUGAUGGUGGAUGAAGCGGAUAUCGAUAUAGUCGGCGCGACAUCCUCUACAUCAAAAAGCGGUCUCAAGCGCACUUUACCGCAGUCGGAUGGCGGAGGCCCGUCCUCGCCAAGACCGCCACCUAACAAGAGGAAGCCCGGACCAAUACCAAAAGAUGUAAUAGUACGACGACCGUCGUACUCAUCGCCUACGAACACUCCACCGAGUUCGCCAAUUCCGUGGAUGAUGGAGGAAACGAAGAAUCAGGCAACACCGAUACCAGUUGCUGAUACGAGUACUCCACCGACUUUGACCUGUCUGCCCAACGUAUCGCCAAGUCACGUGUCAUCCGUACCAUGUUCGAGCGCCUCGGAAAAGUUGGUAAACGGACUCGCAGAAAUGCCACCGGCCAUACCGGUAUUCGAGCCGAUUCCGAUAGAACAUAUUAAUAAUCAUAUGGACACGCCGCCGGUGUUGACGCCGAUAGUUAACAAUAUCGAUACAAUACCGAUGUCGAAGGGUGAAGUUAAAAGUGAACGAACAGAUAAUGUGAGGAAUGAGUGCAGCCGGUUACCCGUUAACGAUAGUAUCGAAAAUAGUGCGCGAGUUGUUGAUAGUGGUAUUGAAGAGAGACUAUCGAACCACAUAGAAGAGAAACGUGAGUUGAAGCCUGAGAAAGAGAAAAAAUUAACAAAAAAGGAAUUGGAGGACAUCAGACGACACAAUUUGAAUAUUCGGGAACUAGUUUACAAGGAAGUGCGGAGAAGAGGGACAAAUUAUGCAACGCUGUUUUCACAUCUACAUCAAAUUCAGGGAACCCUAGAUAUACGGCUUGCAUUUGUGAAAGAUAUAGUGAAGGAGUCAUUACGCUUUAAACGACGUAAUCUGGCGUCGCUGUUAGAAGAGUAUCUUAAAACUAUUCAAGAGGACGGUUGCGCUAUAAAUCAUAAGUUGAAUCACAAUGGUGCCACGAAGAUAAGUUGUUAA